AUGAGGCGCAGGGGCCGCCCCGCGCCGCGGGUCGAGCCGUGCGGCGUCUGGCUGGACACGGCGAAGCUGAAGCAGCGGCCGCUGCAGUCCCUCCUAUCCCGGCCCAAGGCAUUCCAUCGACCUCAGGAAAGGAGCUGCGACGGGAAUGGCGCCGUGUCUGCCGCGCGGCCCGGAGCAGCGUGGCCACGCACCAAGCAAACCACCAUCUCCGCCUUCUUCAGCUCACAAACAGAUAAAAAAGACAAAGAAAACUACAGGUUAUCUCCACUUGUCCUAAAUAAAGAACAUAAAGAAAAAGGUGUUUCUUUGGCCGCCUCCCCAGCGAAGAUCGUGAUGUUUCCAGAGACAGAGGAAGCCCAGAGGCCUCCUUUCAGAGCUGAAGAUAAGAAGGGACGGAUCACAGUCGAGCAUCCGCUCAUCUCACAGACCUUUUUGCCUGACUCUUUGCCAGAAGCAGAGCCGCUCAGUAGGAGUGAGACCUCCUGUGGGGAAAAGGAGGAUUUCGUCUUAAACUUUACCCAGGAUUCAGAGGGCAACCGGAUCCUAGCUCACAGAAAUGCAGCUGAUUUAUUUGCUGGAGAAACAGCUUCCACGGGCAAAGUAACUUCAAGAAAAACAACAGCCUCCUGCAUAAACAAAGGAGAGGGGCACCCAGAGGAGGAGGAGGGACUUGAUUUCCAGCCGGGACAUGGUGCAAACCAGAGUAAGAAACCACACCAACAGUGUAGUAAUGAAAACACGUCAUUUCUAGUUGAUUUCUCUGAGACUGAGAAUACAGACCCCACUAUGAAGAGAGUCAGGAGCUGGGUUGCUGGCUGCUAUUCACCUCCAAAUAGAGCAGUGAGAGCACAGCCUCUGCGAGAACGCAGCCAAAAUGCUGCACGGGCAGCUAAGCAAGAAGGGGGCAGUGAGAGCAGCCUGAGCAGCCCUCUGAAACAACUGUUCACCCAGGACUCCGAAGGGAACACGGUAAUUUCUCACAAAUGCCAGAAAGCAACAUCUCCUCUAAAGGACAAACACAGCACUAGGAGAAGGCUGAUUAACUCUCCGUACAAGGAUUCUUUCGGGGACAGGACAAAUAACAGAAGCAAACUAGAGGAGCCUCAGUUAGAGGUGUGCUACGACUUACUGUUCACACAAGAUUCCCAAGGGAAUAGAGUUAUUAAGCACUGAUUAGUAACCAUUAAUGGGCAGCAUGGACCAGCUUGUCUGCAGUCUAAUGAAAGCAUCUUCUUUAAGAGAGAGGUGAGGAAUAGGUAGGUAUGUCCAUUGCUUAUGUAUACGGUCUACUAGAGCCCCGCAACAGGCACAGUCUCUUUGGUCUCUAAUAAAAUAAUGUUUUAAAGGAGUGUGUUCAUAAUACUUGAGCUGGUUUGGUCAUUAUUUUUUAUAUAUAUUUAAUACUUUUACUAAAGUGUUAACAGAUUGUGUUUACAUGACCUGUUUUACUGUUCAGCCUAAAGCAACCUGCUGGUGACACUUUCUAGUAGUCUCUUAAAAUCCAAAUAAAAAGCUCUGUUAUAGGAGCAGCUCAGGAACCACACUGUUGGCUUCAGCUAUCAGCUCAAAAUCGGUGUUCAGCUACCAGCUGCAGAGUCUUGCUUACUCCAAACUGCAGCUGUACCAUCCUCUGUAAGUGACAGCUGGUGUGGGGAAGAAAUAAUGAGUUUUAGCUUUUUUAGCUGUCUUCUCUAAUUGUUAGAGGCUCUA